GACAAAAUUCCAAAAACAUUUCAGAAUUCCCUUGUUCAUCUUGGACUCAACACUAUGAAGUCUGCAGAUAUCUGUAUCGGUCGACCAGUGUUGCUUACCAGCUUGGAUGGAAAGCAAGAGGUCUGUACUGCCUGGCCUGUGGCAGGAUUUCCUGGAGGCAAGAUUGGCCUGAGCGAAAUGGCACAGAAGAAUGUGGGUGUGAAGGUUGGUGAUGCUAUCCAGGUCCAGCCUCUUGCGGGUGCUGUGCUGCAGGCUGAGGCAGUGGACGUGGCACUGAGUGACAAAGAUACGGAAGUUAAUGAAGAAGAACUGACUGAUUGUAUCCUGAGAAAACUAGAUAGCAAGAUUGUUUUACCAGGCAACUUUCUGUAUUGCACAUUCUAUGGACGACCAUGCAAGUUGCAAGUGUUGCAAGUGAAAGGGGCAGAUGGCAUGAUAUCGAGAGGCCCUCCCAGUGACUCUGACACUGAUGCCCAGGGAGUGGCCUCUGACCAGUCCAGUGUGGAAACCAGUAGCCUGGAUUUAUCCUUGCAGCUAAGCCAGCUAGAUCUGGAAGAGCCACGGAACCCAGCCUCAAGAAGUACUCCUUGUAAACCCGUCGAUGACAGAAGCAUAAAUGAAGCUAGUGAUGUUUUGUUGGAUGUUACACAGAGCCCCGGGCAUGGCAGUGGACUUGGGCUAGAGGAAGUCAAAGAUCUUAAAUGUAGUUUUGAGUCUGCCAGAGAAGGGAGCGAACAACUUAUCAAUGAAGAAAGACUGCUAAAAUCCACAACCAGCUUGGGAGCAAAGCGCAAUACUGAUACUUUUUAUUUUAUUUCUUCAACAACAAGAGUCAAUUUUACAAAGAUUCAUAAAAAUUCAAAAGAGCAAGACAACCAGUUCAGAGUAACUUAUGACAUGAUAGGAGGUUUAAAUAGCCAGCUGAAAGCAAUCAGAGAAGUAAUUGAGUUGCCUCUCAAACAGCCUGAACUUUUCAAGAGUUAUGGAAUUCCUGCCCCGAGAGGAGUGCUACUUUAUGGCCCUCCAGGUACUGGAAAGACAAUGAUUGCUAGGGCUGUUGCUAAUGAAGUUGGAGCCCAUGUUUCUGUAAUCAAUGGCCCUGAAAUUAUAAGCAAAUUCUAUGGUGAGACGGAAGCAAGAUUACGUCAGAUAUUUGCUGAAGCCACUCUACGGCACCCAUCCAUUAUUUUCAUCGAUGAACUGGAUGCGCUUUGUCCUAAAAGAGAAGGGGCCCAGAACGAAGUGGAAAAAAGAGUUGUAGCAUCACUCUUGACACUGAUGGAUGGCAUUGGUUCUGAAGGAAGUGAGGGGCAGGUGCUGGUCCUGGGGGCCACAAAUCGCCCUCAUGCUUUGGAUGCUGCACUCCGAAGACCUGGGCGGUUUGACAAAGAGAUAGAGAUUGGUGUUCCCACUGCCCAGGACCGGCUGGACAUUCUCCAGAAGCUGCUUCAGAGGGUGCCGCAUUUGCUCACUGGAGCUGAGCUGCUCCAGCUGGCCAACAGUGCUCACGGGUAUGUUGGAGCCGACUUGCAAGCCCUGUGCAAUGAGGCAGGUCUUCAUGCCUUGCAGAGAAUCCUGAGGAAGCAGCCAAACCUCCCUGAUAGGCAAGUGGCUGGGUUGGUGAAGAUUACUCUGGAUGAUUUUUUGCAGGGAAUGAAUGACAUCAGGCCCAGUGCCAUGAGGGAGGUAGCGAUUGAUGUCCCAAAUGUAUCCUGGUCAGAUAUAGGAGGACUUGAAAAUGUCAAGCAGAAGUUGAAACAGGCUGUGGAAUGGCCUUUGAAGCAUCCAGAGGCUUUUAUCCGAAUGGGUAUUCGGCCACCUAAAGGAGUCCUUCUGUAUGGUCCACCUGGAUGCUCUAAAACAAUGAUAGCAAAGGCCUUGGCCCAUGAGAGUGGACUGAACUUCCUAGCUGUAAAGGGGCCCGAAUUAAUGAAUAAGUAUGUUGGUGAAUCUGAAAGAGCAGUUAGAGAGAUCUUCCGAAAAGCGAGAGCGGUAGCUCCUUCUAUUAUUUUCUUUGAUGAACUUGAUGCUUUAGCAGUUGAAAGGGGCAGUUCUUUAGGUACUGGAAAUGUAGCCGACCGUGUUCUGGCUCAGCUCUUGACAGAAAUGGAUGGAAUUGAACAGCUAAAGGAUGUGACCAUUUUGGCAGCUACUAACCGCCCAGAUAGGAUAGACAAGGCUUUGAUGCGGCCUGGAAGAAUUGAUAGACUCAUCUAUGUGCCUUUACCAGAUGCAGCAACAAGAAGGGAAGUAUUUAACCUGCAGUUUCACUCGAUGCCUGUCAGUCACGAGGUUGACCUGGAUGAACUUGUCCUCCAAACUGACACAUACUCAGGAGCAGAGGUAGUGCCAGCACUCAAGGUGACACUGGCGAGCUCUGUCUACCAGAAAACGUUCUCUUUCUGAUCCUCAGAC